CUUCUUCGAAAUCGGCGGCAAAAUCUGUGAGCUCAAUGACGGAGAAACGAGAGUUCCCGGCGUUUCCAUACAAGCCGUACUCGAUCCAAAUCGAUUUCAUGAAUGCGCUCUAUCAGUUUCUCGACAAAGGAGGCGUCUCCAUGCUCGAAAGCCCUACCGGGACUGGAAAAUCUCUAAGCAUUAUCUGCAGUGCUCUCCAGUGGCUGAUUGACCGCAAGGAGAAACGAAACUCAGAAUCCCACAAGGUUGAUGGAAACGAUGAUGAGGACGAGCCCGAUUGGAUGCGAACUUUUACUCCCAACGAAGAAGAUAGAGCCAGUGAUGACAACAAGACCAUCAAAUCCCCAUUUCCGCUCAGGAAGGAAAGACUUCCCCAAGUUUUCUCCAACCCCACGGAAGGUGACGAGGCUGACCUUAACGAUCAAGAAUUUUUGCUGGAAGAAUACGAAAGCCAAGAUGAAUCAUCCCCGGGCGGAGGCAACUCUAAGAGAAAACCUGCCCGAGGUUUUGACAGUUCAUCAUCAGAGGAUGAGAAUCACUGCUCCGAUGACGAACAAGGCUUCAAGGUUUUCUUUUGCAGCCGCACACAUUCACAGCUUUCCCAGUUUGUCAAGGAGUUGAGGAAGACUGUGUUUGCCUCAAAACUCAAUGUUGUCUGUCUCGGCUCCCGAAAGAACUUGUGCAUUAACGAAGAUGUUCUUAAGCUUGGGAAUGUGACCCGAAUCAACGAGAGGUGCUUGGACUUGCAAAAGAAGAAGAAAUCUCAGGUCUCUAAAAAGAAGAAUUUAGGUGCAAAUGUAAGACUAGGACGAACCAAAGUUUCUUGCAGAUGCCCGAUGCUUAGAAAACAUAAACUACAGAGAGAAUUCAAGGCAGAGAGCUUUCAACAAGAAGCCAUGGACAUUGAGGAUCUUGUUCAGCUUGGACGACAAAUGAGAACUUGUCCAUACUACGGUUCUAGAAGAAUGGCCCCCGCAGCUGAUCUUGUUAUUCUUCCAUAUCAGUCUCUUCUAUCAAAGUCCUCACGAGAAUCUCUUGGCCUAAGCUUGAAAAAUAGUGUUGUUAUCAUAGACGAGGCUCACAAUUUGGCUGACACUCUUCUCAGUAUGCACGAUGCAAAAAUAACAGUGUCACAGUUGGAGGAUAUACAUUGCAGCAUAGAGAGUUAUCUGGGAAGAUUCCAGAAUCUCUUGGGAGCUGGAAACCGGAGAUAUAUCCAAAUUAUGUUGAUUCUUACCCGAGCUCUCCUCAAACCUCUUGCUAGUGAUUGGAAUCUGAACAGCGUAAAUGUUGGGCUUGAUACUGGAAACCCCUCGAAAAGCAAGCCUUGUGGUGCUUGUUCGAUGGCAAUAAAUGACUUUUUAUUUUCUCUGAAUAUAGACAACAUCAAUUUGGUCAAAUUACUCGCCUAUAUAAAGGAAAGCAAUAUCAUUCAUAAGGUCAGUGGAUAUGGAGAGAGAGUUGCUAUGUUGCAGAAAGAUCCAGUGGCUCAUGAGGAAAUGAGCAAGUUAACAAGUUUUAGAGCGUUUUCUGAUAUGUUGGUGGCGCUUACUAAUAACAAUGGUGACGGGCGGAUAAUAAUCUCAAGGACGAGUUCGUCUGCCUCUGGCCAACAAGGAGGGUACAUCAAAUAUGUCAUGCUCACUGGAGCGAAAUUAUUUUCGGAGGUGGUGGAUGAAGCGCAUGCUGUCAUAUUGGCCGGUGGGACUCUUCAACCUAUAGAAGAGACAAGGGAACGACUCUUUCCAUGGCUACCAUCAGAUCAGCUGCAGUUCUUCUCAUGUAGUCACAUUGUUCCUUCUGAGAGCAUAAUGCCAAUUGCAGUUUCACAUGGUCCUUCUGGUCAGUCUUUUGACUUUAGCCACAGUUCAAGAGGCUCAACAGGAAUGAUACAGGAGUUAGGACUCUUAAUGAGCAACCUGGUGGCAGUGGUUCCUGAAGGAGUUAUCGUCUUCUUCUCCUCCUUUGAGUAUGAAACACAGGUGCACACAGCGUGGAGUAACUCCGGGAUACUCAGAAGAAUAAUGAAAAAGAAGCGUGUGUUCAGAGAACCCAGAAGAAACACUGAAGUAGAAGCUGUCCUCAGAGAUUACAAGGAAGCAAUAGAAAGCGAAAAAGGGGCAAUAAUGCUAGCUGUGGUUGGUGGGAAGGUGUCAGAAGGAAUCAACUUCAGCGACAGCAUGUGUCGGUGUGUUGUGAUGGUUGGUCUGCCGUAUCCCAGCCCGUCUGACAUUGAGUUGUUAGAGAGAAUAAAGCAUAUAGAAGGUCUUGGAGAUUCAGAUUCCGUAAAACCUUCUGUGACUUUGGUUGAUGAUUCUUACUACAGUGGAGAUGUUCAAGCAGGAUUUGGCGUGUUAAAGAACUGCAAACGGAGAGGAAAAGAAUACUAUGAAAAUCUGUGUAUGAAAGCGGUUAACCAAUCAAUCGGUAGGGCAAUCAGACACGAAAAAGACUAUGCCUCCAUUUUACUGGUCGAUGCUCGAUAUUCUAAUGAUCCAUCCAAAAGAACAUCUCAUUCUCAUCCAUCCAACAAGCUCCCAAAUUGGAUCAAAGAUUGUCUUAUUUAUUCCACCAAAGGCUAUGGAGAUGUUCACAGACUGUUGCACCAAUUCUUUAAACAUAAAAAUGUUGAAAAUUCAUCCGAAACCAAUCAGCAUUAGUGACCGUGUCUAUGGGAACAUGUUGGAGGAAAUCCUUGGCACUCUUAUUUUGAGUAUCUAUCUACAAAAACCAUUAGCAAAGAAGUAUAUAACAAAAGAAUUUUCAUUUC